AUGUUGAAAUAUAAUAAAAUAAAAUUUAUAUUUGGAAAUAAUUUUACACAUUGUAAUUUUAUAAAUAAAUUUAAUAUUAAUUCACAAUUACAAUUUAUUUCCAAUUAUAUUAACUCCAAUACGGUGUCUUCCAUUACGGUGACUGGUCCACCAAACAGUAUUCCUCCUCCUAACCGUGCUGUUACUAAGGAUAGUAGUACUAUUGGAAAGGUUACCUUAGGACCAAGCACCGUUACGGAGGAAAAUACUAUUACUACUAUUAAGGGAACUACUAUUAAGGAAAUUAGUACUGAGGGAAUUGGUACCGUUGGACCUCACACCGUAACGGAAAAAAUUAGAAAAGAUAUAAUAAAAUAUAAUGAAAUAUUAAGAGGAAUACAUUAUAAUGAACAAAAUAAAGAAAAAUUUAUACCACAUCCUUUUAAUCGUAGAUUUGCAUUUACUAAAUUACCUAUUUUCCCAAUUGAACCCAGAAAUCUAAGAAUACACGGAUUAUUAAAGAAGAAAAAAAGAGGAAUUGGUAAGAAAUGUAAUAGUAAAGGAAUCCGUCAUAAACAUUUAAAAAAACGUGGUAAUAAACCAUAUAAUCGUACAUUUGAAGGUGGUCAAACACCAUUAUAUAAACGUUUACCCAAAUUUAAACAAUCCAUUUUACAACAAAAUGAUAAAAAAUAUGAUGUAUUGAAUUUAUGUAAAUUACGUUAUUUUAUUGAAAAAGGACGAUUAGAUAUACGUUUUCCUAUAACACAACGACAUUUAUAUGAUUCUAAAUGUAUUAAAAUUAAAAAUGGUGUUCAUUUAUUUAAUGUGGUACGUUACCCCGUUACGGUGCUUGGUCACACGGCCGGCCACCAACCUCUGAAAGGGAAUGGAUAUCCGUUUCCAUAUAAAAUUGAUAUAAGUGUUGCAAGUUGUGAUCAAUCAAGUAUUGAUGUAAUUAAAGCAGUAGGUGGUAAUAUCACAAUAAUACAUUAUGAUAAAAUCUCAUUAAGAGCACAUAUCAAACCAUAUAAAUAUGAAAUCUUACCCAAAUCUAGUAGACCAGAUAUAAAGAGAGUAUAUGAAUUGGAGAAAUUCCGUUUGAUGGGAUGUAAUGUUAUUUAUAUUAAACCAUUUUGGUUAAUUCAAGAAGAAAAUAAAUUAUUACAACAAUUCAAAGAAUUAUAUCAAAGUAUUCAAUAUACAAUUAAUUAA